AUGUUGUACAUCGCCAUUUCCGACCGGGGCAUUUCAAAGUCUUGGUUUAAGCCGAGCGGUCUGGCUAUCAACCAACAAAUCUAUCAAGAAGAGUGCCUCGAUAAAAUCCUGAUGCCGUUCCUGAACGAGCAUCAUGCGGAUGGGAAGUACGUCUUCUGGCCGGACAAGGCGUCUUCCCAUUACGCCAAGAAGACGCUGGCGUACCUUGAGGAGAAAAAGAUACCAUUCCCUUACGUCCAAUCGGACCACAUUAUUGUAGUGCGGGUUUCGGAUAGUUCGCUACAAGACGAUUUCGUGGAAUUACGGAUCCGAAACGUUGUACCCGUUCGCCCGGCACUUUUGACUCUCGCUAACAAUUCUUCAAAUAAUCAUCCGAUGGCGACGGUUCACUCAUCGAGCGAGGAUGAUUUCAACACCACCAAUCAGGACAACUUGAGCAGUUGUGUUGCCUGCGAUCGUCCGGAUUCAGCGGACAAUAUGGUGGCCUGUGAUCAGUGCAAUGGCUGGUGGCAUCUUUCAUGCGCUGGUGUUAGCGCUGGCGUUUCAAAUAGGCCAUGGACUUGCAGCAAGUGCCUUCCUCUUCCGACGAAAACGAUGUCAGCGCGGACUUCAUCUUCCGUCCGAAAAGCAAAGCUCAAUUUGGAGCUAAAGCGCCUGGAGGAAGAAAAGGAGAUCGAGAAAAGGAUCGAAAAGGCCUAUGUUAAGGAGCGCUACCGGAUCAUCGAGGAAUCCCUCAUGGAAGAGGAAUAUGAACAACAUAGUGUUCAUUCUCGGCAGCAUGCGAACCCUGCCGAAAAGUCUGAGCGUGUGACGGAGUGGGUAGCGAGCCAAGCUGGCCCCGAAUUAUUGGGCGCAGAGAGAGGAACAAUCCUCCGAGAAUCGUCAGCAAGAUUACCACUUCCGGAAGAAGCAGCGAAUGAAUUUCCAGAACGGCGAGAGCUAAUUGCAGACGCAAUCAGGAAAUUGCAACAACAGCUGCGCGACUGUCAGCAGCACCAGCAGCCGUCAGCAGAUAAGUUAAGCGAGCUUGAGAAUCAGCUCCAACUGUGUCAGCGGGGAUUGAAAGGUGCUCGAGCUUGGCCGGAAGAAUCAAUCCGACUUCCGAAACCAUUUCCGGAAGCAUUGGGUGAUGGUCCUACACAUCCGACAGGAACGAUUCCGAAGAGCAAGCGUGUUGUUGCCCAACCCAGUCAGCAGAAGCCAUCCAUGCAAGCGGAUAGAAGGCAGCCAACAAUAGAACCGGAAUGUGUUGCGCCGGAACUGAUGUUCAGACCUGAGGCUAUUCCGACAUCGUUAACUGUCGAGGAGCCAGUGCAAGUGCCGCAGAGACGGCAGCUGUUGCCGCCACAAUCAACGAGGCAAAUUGAUAGCGGAGUUCCAGGCAAUCCGAGGCCACUUGGGCCAACUCAAGAGCAGCGUACAGCGCGCCAAGUCUUCUCGGGGGAUUUGCCAACGUUUUCCGGAAAUCCCGCCGACUGGCCUGUUUUUAUUAGCCACUACCAGUACACCACAGAAGCCUGUGGUUUCAACAACGGCGAGAACAUGAUUCGCCUUCAACGAUGCCUGAAGGGUUCGGCAUGGGAGUCGGUUCGUAACAGGCUUAUACAUCCGGGAUCCGUGCCAGCAGCCAUCAAAAUGCUGGAGAAGCGUUACGGUCGACCGGAUUUGAUCAUCGAGACCUUAAUUGAGAAGGUUAGAUCCACACCCCCGCCGAAGGCUGAUAGACUCAACACUAUCAUCGACUUCGGGACACAAGUGCAGGGUCUCUGCGAACACUUGGAGGCCGCGGAUUUGAACGAUCAUCUGAACAAUCCCUCGCUGCUAAAGGAGUUGGUGAGAAAGCUCCCGACCGAAUACCAAAUGCUUUGGGGAAGAUACAUCAGAACGGUCGAGGCCGUGGACUUACGAACGUUCGGGACCUUCAUGGAUGAAACUGUCGACGAUGCAUACGCCGUGACGUCGUACACCGGCGAAUCGAAAGCCAGGCAGUCGAAGCCUGAAAGAUCCAAGCCGGACCGGAGUUUUGUGCACAUUGACGUCGCGGGAAAGUUUGAGAAGCCGAAGGAGCGGAGUAGCUGCCAAGAUGCAGCGGAGUUUAGGAAACGAGUUUUGACUUGUGCCGUGUGCCAGAAAGAGGGGCAUAAGUCCAGAGAAUGUCGAUCGUUCCAGAAGAUGACCGUCGACGACAGAUGGCUUCGUAUACAGAAUUUGGGACUUUGUAAAACGUGCUUGUACAGUCAUGGGACUCGUUCGUGUAGAAACAACACUCGCUGCGGCGUGGAUGGAUGCGAUGCGCGUCAUCACGCACUUCUUCAUUCGACGGAGAAACCAAAGGCAUCCUACAGCUCUGGUCCGAAUCCGAUAUCGAACUACGUUGUGCAUCACGUUCACCAGUCGUCGUUUUCAUCAUUACUGUACCGUGUUAUUCCAAUCACGCUCCACAACGGUAGUUUAUCCGUCGAUGCCUUUGCCUUCAUCGACGAAGGGUCUUCGAUAACAAUGCUGGAAAAGAGUCUGGCAGAAAAACUUCAACUAAACGGGCACUCCCACCCGUUGUGCUUGCAGUGGACAUCCAAUGUGACGCGGAUCGAGAACGAUUCGAAACGAGUGACGUUCGAGAUUUCCGGCAUCAAUAAAUCAAAGAGUUUGCCGUUCGAAGAACUCAAGUCACGUUUUAGUCAUCUUCGAGGAAUUCCGGUGGAUGGUUACGAGAAUGCCAGUCCGCAACUUCUCAUAGGAGUUGACAAUCUACGUUUGGUGGUUCCGCUCAAGGCGCGAGAGGGCGAAGUAGGAGAUCCAACUGCGGUACGCACCCGCCUGGGCUGGUGUGUGUACGGUGGCAAGCGCGACGAGUCAACGCCAACAUUCAGUUAUCACAUUUGUGACUGUCAACAUGAUUCAUCUUUAGACGAGGCAGUGAAGACUUAUCUGACGCUCGACGAAGUUGGAUCGAAAGUGUUCACGCCAGUGCUGAGUGACGAAGACACUCGAGCAACGAAAAUUAUGGAGGAGACUACAAAAAGAGUGGGCGAUCGUUAUGAGUCCGGCCUGUUUUGGAAGUACGACUUCGUAGAGUUUCCAGACAGCUAUCCAAUGUGUCUGAGAAGACUCCAAUGUCUCGAAAGAAGAAUGGGAAAAGAACCGGCGAUGCGGGACAACAUAGUGCGUCAGAUCGAGGAAUAUCAGCAGAAAGGCUACUGCCAUCGAGCGACUCCGGAUGAGCUGCAACAGGCUGACCCCCGACGCACAUGGUACCUCCCCCUCGGCGCGGUCACCAAUCCCAAGAAACCCGGUAAGGUGCGGCUCAUCUGGGACGCUGCAGCCAAAGUCGACGGGGUGUCCUUAAACGCGAUGCUAUUGAAAGGGCCCGACCAGUUGACAUCUUUGCCUGCUGUAUUAUUUCGGUUCCGCCAGUAUCCGGUGGCAGUUUGUGGAGACAACCGGGAGAUGUACCACCAGAUCCUGAUUCGUGAAGCUGAUCGAAGCGCUCAAAGGUUCCUGUGGCGGUCUUAUCCGAACCAGCAGCCAGAAGUUUUCGUCAUGGACGUGGCAACGUUUGGGUCGACCAGUUCACCAGCGACGGCCCAAUACGUUAAGAAUAUCAACGCCCGCCUGUUCGCCGAUAAGUAUCCUGCAGCCGUCGAAGAAGCAAUCAGUGGUCAUUAUGUUGAUGACUAUGUGACUAGUUUUCGGAGCGUGGCUGAGGCCAAAGAAGUUACGUCCCAGGUGAGGGCGAUACAUCAACACGGUGGUUUCGAACUUCGUCAGUUCUGUUCGAACAGCGACGAGGUCAUGCAGUUUCUUGGAGAGGUCAAGGCACAUCCAGUGAAGAACAUGUGCCCAACUAAGGGAGAAAACUCCGAACGUGUGCUUGGUAUUUUGUGGGAUACGGAACACGAUGAGCUGCGGUUCCCAACGAAGAUGCGGGAAGACAUGGAGAAGUUAAUCACUACACAGGAGAAACCAACGAAGCGACAGAUACUCCGGUGUGUGAUGACGAUGUUCGAUCCACUGGGUCUUCUAGCACCGUAUCUGAUCUUUGGCAAGAUCAUUAUCCAGGAAGCCUGGCGCAAAGAGCUCGGUUGGGACGAACCGGUGGACGAUGAAACGCACCAACAGUGGCUGAAAUGGGUCCAAAUGCUUGAACACAUCAACGAUAUCGGCAUCCAGCGAUGCUAUUUCCGAGAGGCGAUCAACGAGGUCGAAGUUCACACAUUUGUGGACGCCAGUGAGAUUGCAUAUUCCUGUGUGACGUAUUUUCGCUCAACGAACGCUGCCGGAGAAGUAAAGGUUGCGCUGGUAGGCGCGAAGUCCAAAGUUGCACCCCUGAAGGCGUGGUCGAUACCGCGCUUAGAGCUGCAAGCGUGUGUGUUAGGUGCACGUCAUAUGCGAAGUGUCAUCGAGGGACAUUCGUUGCAGAUCAAGAAGCGAGUGUUGUGGUCCGAUUCCGGAACAGCGCUGAGCUGGAUCAACGGAGAUCCCCGAAAGUUUAAUAGAUUUGUAUCGUUCCGAAUCUGCGAGAUCUUGGAGCUUACCACUCGGAAGGAGUGGAGAUGGGUUCCAUCGAAGAACAAUCCAGCGGAUGAGGCUACGAAGUACGGUUCCGGGCCUUAUUUUGCCAAAACGAGUUGCUGGUUCGACGGGCCAAGUUUUUUGGUGCAUCCUGAAGCAGUAUGGCCAGUGUGGAAAGCUUCACCAACUACCGAAGAAGAACUGAGGCCAUGUUACUCCCACAAAGAAGUUCCGCUUCCAGAGCCCGUAAUAGCUUAUCGUGAGUUUUCUCGAUGGUGCCGAAUCUUGAGAGUUACAGCCUUUAUGCACCGCUACAUUAAUAACUUGAAGCUGCCUGAAGAACGGCGAAAUUUUGGCUGUCUAUCCAAAGCAGAACUCCAAAAGGGAGAACAAAUAUUGUUCCGAUUGGCGCAGAGUGAGAGCUUUCCCGACGAACUCAUUACUCUCAAACAAAACCUACGUUGCCCUAAAAAAGAUCGCAAAGCCCUGGAGAAGUCAAGUCAACUCUAUCGUCUUUCGCCAAUGUUAGACGACUAUGGAAUUCUUAGGGUCGACGGAAGGAUCGGAUUAGCACGGAACGUGUCGGCGGACGUCAAGUUUCCGGUUAUACUGCCGAAACGGCAUCACUUGACCUACCUGUACAUCGACGAACUUCACCGGAAAUACAACCACGGCAACAACGAGACGGUGGUGAACGAGGCGCGACAACGCGUGCAGAUCCCAGCGCUGCGCUCAUUGGUGAAGAACGUCGCAAAAAAUUGUCAGUGGUGUAAAAUUUACAAGACGAGGCCAAUUGUACCGAGGAUGGCGCCGCUACCAGCAGCUAGAUUGUCGCCACAGUUUCGCCCGUUUACCUUUGUCGGGCUAGACUACUUUGGUCCAGUGGUAGUCAAGAUCGGAAGGAGCAGUGUCAAGAGGUGGGUGGCCUUGUUCACUUGCCUCACCAUACGUGCUGUCCAUUUGGAGAUUGUCUUUUCUCUAUCAACUGAAUCCUGCGUUGCCGCUGUUCGUCGCUUCAUCAGCCGCCGAGGGUCGCCUUCAGAAAUCCACAGCGACAACGGAACGAACUUCCAGGGGGCUGAAAGAGUACUCCGUGAGCAGAUCAACGCCGGUCUAGAGGCCACCUUUACCAACCAGAAUACUUCUUGGCACUUCAUCCCACCUGCCGCUCCACACAUGGGAGGUGCCUGGGAGCGGAUGGUGAGGUCGGUGAAGGCUGCGCUUGCUGAAGCAUACUACGAGCGACUUGAUGACGAGAAGCUGCACACACUACUGGUCGAAGCCGAGUCGAUCGUAAAUAGUCGCCCCUUAACCUACUUGCCGUUGGAUGCAGCUGAGAGUGAAGCCCUGACACCCAACCACUUCCUGCUAGGGAGUUCCGACGGUGUCCGCCAGCCGCCUACCGAAGAUGUGUGUGACAACAAGUUGCUGGGGAAUUCCUGGAAUUUACUGCAGAGACAGCUGAAUACUUUUUGGAAGCGCUGGACGAACGAGUAUUUGCCGACACUGACGAGGCGAACGAAAUGGUUUGACGAGGUGAAGCCCGUUGAACCAGGCGAGUUGGUUGUGUUGGUGGAGGAUCGUAGGCGGAACGGAUGGAAAAGAGGGCGUGUCCUGAAGGUGAUUACGAAUCCAGACGGCAGGUGUCGUCAGGCGAUUGUGCAGACGAGUGAUGGGACGUUUCGUCGGCCGCUAUCGCGCCUGGCUGUGUUGGAGGUACAAGAUCGUGGAACCCAGCCGGAUUCCACCGGGGGGAGGAUGUUGCCACAAGGGCAAUUAGACCGGGAGCUGACGACACCCCAAUGA